AUGUUUAAUCAAUUUCUGGAUCAUAUUAGAAAAAUAGAUCAAUUUGGGGUUGCCUUUUAACCUAAAAUCAAAUACUCUUCAAAUUAAUAUAAAACUGCAGUUGGUGGAAUAAUGUCAAUUAUUCUUUAUGGAUUGAGUUUUAGCUAUUUAUUAUAUAGCUUUGUUUAAUAUGCAUAAGGGAACAUUCUUCCAAAAAUUACAACCAUUUAAGCCAAAGCAGACCAAUAGAGUAUAAAAUUUGAGAACGAAAUAAUGUCUUUCAAGAUCAGGCCAGGAUAAGAUAAUUUUAUAAAUCCAUUUAAUCCAACGGCUUUGGUACUAUUACCUUUGGUGCUUCCAUUCAAAAAUAAUGAAAUACCACCUAGUUAAUAUUUUAACUUUGAAUAAAUCUAAUUUUAAGAGGACAAGAUCUCUAUAAGAAAUAUAGAUUUACAAUAUGGUGAUCUUACAUAAGAUGAGACAGAAUAAAUAAUUGCAUUUGUAGGAUGUAAGUAAGUUAAUUUACCUGCUCCAUUUGUAUGUGCUAAUGAGAGUAUUAGAGAUUAGUUCUUUGCUCAAUCUAGAAAUGCUAUAAUUGUUACUACUUAAGUAAAUUAAUUCAAUACCAAUAAAAGAACUUUGGAUGAAGUUGGUAAGGAAUAGGUUUUGGCAAUAGUUGACAAUUCCACAUAUUUUUAGACAACAAAUUUGAAUAUGUAGGAAUCAUAGGUAGAUACAGGAUUUUUAUUGGAAUCAAUAGAUAAAUUAAUUUAUGCUACUGAUUUUUAUUUAACUAAUUAACAAAUGGAUUAAUAAUAUUUUAGAACUACUUUUAAAUUUGAUGCUUAUUUGGUAUUUUAAAUAAGAAUUGGUAAAUUGAGAUAUUUUUAGAGUAUUCAAUAUCCAAAAAUAAGUGAAAUUUUAGCAGAUGCAGGUUCAAUUGCAUCAACAAUUCUUUUAUUAUCUUAUUUUGUUGUUCUUUGUAAUCAGAGUCUUUUAGAGAAAUAAUCUUUAAAUGAUAUAAUUUCAAUAUAUUAUCCAUAAUAUAAAGAUAUUUAGAUUAAGAAGACAUUUUAUGGUUAGAUAAAGGAGGUUUUAUAUGAGGGUAAAUAAUAGGAUAUAGAAUAAUUUAAAGAGUAUUAGAAGGAUUUACAAGAGAGGGCUGAUAAGAAAUUAUCAAUGUUAAAUUAAGUAUAUGAGAUUUCAAGAUUAUAAUUUAUGAUUACAAAUAUUUUAAAAUCUAAAGAAUAAUUAAGGUAAAGUCAUAAAAUAGGUAUUAAAUUAAAAUAAUUUGAAAUACAAAAAAUGAUGAAUAUGAAUGUAAAUUAAAUUGUAAUUAUAAAUCUAUAUAAUUAGAUACCUCAUUAAAAUUUGAAUUGCUCAACUGCAAAAUUAGCCAUUAUUGAUAGUCAAAGUGAUUCAUCUUAAAAUCUUAAAGUAGUAACAUAAAAAGAAUAACAUUAAAUUACAGUUGAAGAAUCUAAUGAUGAGAAUUAAUUAAAUGAUGAAGAUUUUGAGAUUCUAAUUCAACCUUAAGAAUUGGAAGAAUGA